AUGGAUGUCUUACAAGAAAAUGAUUCCAUCGAAGCUAACGCAACGUAUGAAUAUGAUCCAACUAUUAACAUUGUUUAUGCCAUUAUUGGUAGUACAGCGAUCAUCGGUAAUAUUUGGGUUAUUGCAUUAAAUGUUAUCCACCGCGCAAUGUUGUAUCAAGCACCGAAUAAAUUUGUUGUCAGCUUAGCUGCUUCGGACGCUAUCAGUGGUUUAUUAAUAUUUAUCAUGCCAGGCUAUAUCUUUCCUGUUGAUAGUUAUCCAUAUCCGAACGGUGUUUACUUAGGAUCAAUAUUCUGUAGUUUAAUUGAUUCUAAUGCUUUAUUUUUUGCCUCUGGAUUUAUCUCGGUCUAUACUAUUGCUAUUAUAAGUAUGGAAAGAUGGUGUGCAGUUUCUCGCCCAUUUCUUUAUAAGCGAUUAUUCACGCAAAAUCGAACCCGUUUAAUUAUUAUUUGCAUAUGGAUAUUUGUGCCAAUUUCAGUUGUCGAUGGUGUUUUACAGAAAAAAUUCGAUGCAAGAUUAUUUCCUCCAUGUCAGUGGUUUAGUCUAUUUCGGGGUGAUAUUGUUUCAGCUAAUUUGGUUUUUAUGGUAUUAGAAUCUAUUCGUGUCUUUCUUCCAGCACUUGUUACUAUCAUUAGCUUUGCUGAUGUAGUUCGACGAAUGUCGAAAAAGAGCGAUGUGAAAUUAAAUUGCAGUAGCGCUAAACGUGUUAAGGUUCGACGGCGAUUUACAAUUAUGUUAGGUAUUGCUGCUGUGGCAUUAAUUAUAUGUUGGUUGCCUAACGAAAUUUAUUUUUCCUUAGUCCAAUUGCGUCUUGCUUUUUAUGAACCAAUAGUUCAUUCCAUUACCAAAACCUUAAUUGUGACAAAUUGCUGUGUUAAUCCGAUCAUUUAUGCGGCCACGAAUGUAACUUACCGUCGUGGCAUGAUCCAAUUAAUUAGGCAAAUAAGUCGCUGCAUAACGGGUAAAAAGACACCAAUAGCACCAAUCAAUUCGAUCAGGCCUAGCAGAAGUCCUACCAAUCUAACCAAUGCUAGUGCGUAUGAUUUAACUAGCCUUUAA